AUGAAGAUUCUCCCCACUUGCUUCCUCCUCGGCACGGCCGCCGCGUUUCGCCUCAGCCUCCCCGAGCCGGCAUACAUCCAGAAAACGGACGGGAGCCUCAGCCAGGAGAGCGGCGCCUACCCGCCAUGCGGGGGCGGCAAGCUCCUCGGGGCCUUCUCCGACUACCCGCGCGCGGGGUCCCCCUUCUCCGUGACCACCGACCUGAACGAGUGCGUCUGGGCCCUGCGCGCCUACCGCGCCGGCGACGACGGCCAGGACCCGGCGACGCUCAAGUACAUAUGGCAGACGGGCGCCGGCUCCCUGUGCAUCCCGUGGCUUCCCGACGCGAGCAAGCUGCUGGGCCCCUUUCCCGACGAUGCCCAGGCCACCUUUUCCGUCUACCAGCUUUCGAAGGGGGGCAGCUACCAGUAUCAAUGCGCCAUGGUUUAUUUCAGGGAGAACAUGCCCCGCGCCGAAGUCCCGACGAGCUGCCGCAACUCGACUGGUGUAGAGGCCAGGUUUAUCGAGUUUGACGAUAUCGAGGAGUUCCGCAACCCUUCCAAUCAUAGCUCUGCCCCUGUCACUAGUUCUACAAUAGCAUCAGCCAGUACCAGCACUGCAGAGUCUUCGAGUAGCUCCACUGUGUCGUCCACUACCUUUUCCUCGUCCUCCACCACUUCUUCGUCGUCUACAAGCUCUACAGCGUCCUCUACGAGCUCUGAAGUGUCCCCGACAGCCUCUACAUCAUCUUCCACGAGCCCCACCGAGUCACCCACCUCUCACCCGCCCAUCACAAUGACAUCCCUGGUGACCUUCAUUUCCACAUCAGUCUCACAGCCGCCACCAUCGACAGCUGAGACCCCAGUGACGGCAACGACUACGGUAACAUCAUCACCCUCUGCCUCGGCAACCGCGCUUCCAGCCGGUGACGCGAGUGGCAGGGAGCAGGAUCGCCAGAGCUUCGUGGCUGUUACGAUCCUCGCCUCGGUCUUCGGCACCGUCCUCCUGAUCUCUCUCUGCUGCUGCAGCCGCUGCUUCCUCCGCGGAGGCUGUGGCGACUGGUCCUACGCACUGGCCUCUCGCUUCGGGUUGCAGCUGCCCAGGACGACCCGCGUGCCCCAGGAGGUCGAGCCGGGGCUCCCAUUCAAUAUUACCGUCAAUAAUAAGAACUAG